GCAGUCAGCUGUUUUGGUUCUUUUUGUUGACGUUGUAGCGGUGUUCGUUGUCCAAUAACAAUGACGCUGGCCUACGAUUCCGUGUUAUCCACAACGGCGGUAAUCAGCACAGUAUUUCAAUUUUUGUCGGGCACCGUGAUAUGCCGCAAAUACAUACAAAAGAAGAGCACAGGUGACUCGUCUGGCGUGCCAUUUAUAUGCGGCUUCUUAUCCUGUAGUUUUUGGCUGCGAUAUGGCGUGCUCACCAACGAGCAGAGCAUUGUGAUGGUCAAUAUGAUUGGGUCCACAUUAUUUCUGGUCUACACCCUGAUCUACUACGUAUUCACCAUUAAUAAACGCACCUAUGUUAAGCAAUUUGCCGUUGUACUAUUUGUCCUAAUCGCAGUUAUUGUUUACACAAACCGAUUGCAAGAUGAUCCUGCCGAAAUGAUACAUAUUACGGGCAUCGUUUGCUGCAUUGUUACCGUAUGCUUCUUUGCCGCACCGCUCACGUCCCUGGUGCAUGUGAUCCGUGCUAAGAACUCGGAGAGUUUACCGCUGCCCCUGAUUGCCACAUCGUUUUUCGUCAGCCUGCAGUGGCUUAUCUAUGGCAUUUUAAUAUCAGAUUCAUUUAUACAGAUACCCAAUUUUCUUGGUUGCCUACUGUCCCUGAUGCAAUUGGGCCUUUUUGUUUUGUAUCCGCCACGCAGUUAUUCCGGUCAAGGCUACAAGCUACUAGAACAGGCUGUGCCCUUUUAAGUAAUUAUACCAACCUAGUAUGUAUUUGUGUAUGUAUUGGAUGUAUUUGUAUGUACUUAUAUUGCGCAUUUUGCAAUCGAUAUUUAAGCAUGUUUCACUACAGGUAUAUAUAUUUUGAUAUAAGGUAAAAUGGCAAAAAAAAAAAAAAAAAACAUGCCUCUUUGCUUAGUUAUCAUACAUUUUGUAGCAUAUAUAGUAUGUAAUAUAUUGAUAAAACUGAUGCUUAUA